UAAUAAUUCCGGCUAGUUAGUGUCAGAUUCCGGCGCUCCUCGUCAGACUUUCCCGACUACCUUUUUUCCAAUUAUAUAUAUACCCUACACUCUUCUGCUCUUUACCUUUAUAUACGAAGUACAGCAAACCCACCACAUACAUAGGAUAGGCAUACAUUACGCGCACGUAGUAAGCAAUAGUCAGCAGCACAGUGUCUUGCUCACAAAGGCACGAGAGAUAGUGCAAGUUUGCCUAAUCCUUAAUAACAGCAGUACUAGUACACUACCUUUUUAUCCACCAAGCAAACGCGCACCAGUGCGAAAACCAGUGCCUUUUUUGGAUUCCCUUUCUCUGUUUCUCAAAAGGGUAUAGUUUGGUUUUUGGUGAUGAACAGGGCGUUGCCGGAGAUGUUGCACUGUCUAAACGGGCCGGCGACCAGUACGGACAUGACGGUGCUGGAGAGGCAGAGGGCUCGCAUGAAGUGGCAGCCGCAAGAGCAGCAGGGAUAUUUUGGGGGGAGUGAUCAGUUCGCUGGUUUGUUUUUGGAGCCGGGUCAAGUUGGGAGCUUUCAAGGUUUGUUGGGUGGUGAGUCGGUGCUCGGGGAGGUGCUGACCCGGUCGGUUAAACCCGACCCGGGUUUGGAAAAUGGGUGGCCUGAGUUGCUCAAUAUGGGGUUUACAGAGUUCGACAUGAAUUGUGCCAUUUCAAGGACUUCUAGCUGCCCCCCCACGGUGGCUCCACCGCCGCCGGAAGCUAAAGGUAAAGUGUCACCGCCGGCGGAGAAGGUGAGUUCUGCGGUUGGGAGAGAGAGCUUCAAGAAGAGGAAGGCUGAUAAGCUGCAGAACACCAAGGUUGUUGCGGAAGACGAUUCCAAAGACAAGAGGAGCAAAGUAUGCGCAGAAGAGGGGGAAUCAAAGAUCACAGAGCAAACCAGCAAUAAAGACAACAACAGAGAGACUUCUGCUGAUACUUCAAAGGAGAAUUCUAAAGCUUCUGAGGCUCAGAAGCCCGAUUAUAUUCAUGUCCGGGCACGCCGCGGGCAGGCCACAGACAGCCACAGCUUAGCCGAGAGAGUGAGAAGGGAAAAGAUCAGUGAGAGAAUGAAGUAUCUACAAGAUUUGGUACCAGGGUGUAACAAGAUCACAGGGAAAGCUGGAAUGCUCGAUGAAAUCAUCAACUAUGUGCAAUCCCUUCAACGACAAGUAGAGUUCCUGUCCAUGAAACUAGCUGCUGUGAAUCCCAGGCUUGACUUUAACAUUGAAGACUUAUUUGCAAAAGAGUUGCUUCUAUAUCAACAGAUGUUUCCUGCUUGCUCAACUGGUUUUCCAACAAUUGGAAUGUCAUCCGAAAUGACUAAUCCUGCCUAUCUUCAGUUUAAUCCGGCACAGCAGGUGGUUGCAUGUUGUGGGUUGGAUAUGGGGAUGAAUAAUACAGCUGAUAUGGGACUUAGACGAACAAUCAGUACACCUGCAUCGAUCCCAGAAACAUAUCUUGAUUCAUCCUGCUUCACUCAACUCCAGCCUUCAUCAACCUGGGAUGCUGAUGUACAAAACCUUUUCAAUCUGGAGUUCCAUCAAGGAAGAUCGAUUUCUUUUCCAUCCCAACCAUUUACAGGUUCAAUUGAAGCUAGCAACCUAAAGAUGGAGCUCUGAAUCAAAAUAUGCAUCAUACAAUUUCUUGGAUAAGCCUUUGAUCCAUAUUCUUUUUUUUUCCCGGUUGAAGUACAUAACGUAUAUAUUUUGUAUGUAUACUUGUGCCAUAGUAUGAAUAAGAUCAACACCUAUUGACUUCAACAA